GUUUAGUUGCAUUCGCGCAGCCAACAGUUUAGUUUAGGCUCUCACCCACGAAGGUCGUGCUAAAGCCGUUGCUCUCAAAAACCACGGUUAAAGUGUUCCGCGAAUACGCAAUCAAUAGGAGCUGAUUCUCUCAAGAGAAAAAAUCAUCUCUCUCCGAAUUUUCGUGCUGCAGCUUUUUUUUGCAAAAGAAAGCUCGUGAAAAGCUCGCUGAAAAAAAAAUCGCAAACAAGGAAAUUUUGAAAUCCUUGGAGGAUGUUUAAAUUGGUCCUAAAAAAUCCAAUUGUCGCGCUACGUGUGUGACACCAGUGUUGGGGUUUUCAGAGAAAAUUUGUGAACAAAAAAUUUAUGUUUUGUGUGAAGUUUUUUUGCGUUCUAAUAAGUUUGUUUUGAGUGUUAAAAAAAACAUCUUCAUUCUCUAAAAGAGAAAAUUUGUAAUUCUUCCAUUUUUAUCUCUGAUUUUUUUUUUAUCAUUUUGGAGAAGUUUUACAUUGUUUCCCGCAGCAUAGUUUUAUGAUUUACACUGUGUUUGUUUAAUUUUUCUUGGUUUUUGGGUGUUAUCUUGAGCGUUCCGCAAGUUUUAUUUUUUCAACGAAAAAGCGGAUUAGAGAAAAAAUUCUAAAAGAGAAAAAAAGCAAAAAUGGUGUUUAGUGGUGAUAAAAUGCAGCAAAUUGGUGUUUUUUGGCUGACAGCAGCUAUGCUGUGUAUGCUGGGCUCACUCACGGCAGCCAGGAGUAGCUCUGGCCUCCAUUCAGAGCAAUCGGCUCCGCCGUCUCGAGUGCAGCAGUGUCGCGAAGGAUGCUUGGAAAAGUUCGCCACGGAGGAUUUCGCAUGUCUACAGGGACCCGAGUGCUCAAUGAGCGGGUUCCCAACUUAUAACUUUAACACUUUGCCCGAUGCGCUACACCUUUUGUGCUGGGACCAAUGCGCGACGGCCCCAUCGAAGAUUAACACAUCAAUCCAGGAAGCCUGGCCACUGCGGAUAAUCACGAUGAUCCGGCAGGGAUCGCUUGUAUCAGCUGAUGUUGCCUGGCCAGCGAUGAGCUCACCUAGUCAGUGCCUCGUCACAUGGGAGGUCUCCGGAGGCGGUUUAAUGGGUAACCUAUUGACCGACUCGUCUAGUGUGCAACUCUCACUGUGGCCCGAGACGAAGUAUCGAGUUCAAGUCACGUGCAAGAAUAAGAAGACGGAAGCCAUGACACGAUCACUUCCACUUACCCUGGACACAAGCCAAGCUAUUAUUUUGGUUAAGGCUCAAUCAUCAUCUACCGGAGCGCCCCCUUCGUCAACAUCGCGCGUUGAAUCAUCCUCCCGCAGCGGCACCGACACAUCAAACCACAGGAGUAGUUCAGACGAAGAAGAGGAUCUCGAUGAGAGCGACGAAGAGGACUACAAUGAUAUUUUCAGCGAUCGACACGGUGGGCACCGAGCGGCAGCCACAUUUGGCAUCUGGAGCCUCUACGAUAGUCGAAAAGAAGUGACACUGGGCGUGUCGGCAGCCAUUGUGGUCUUCCUCAUCAUCGUUGCCGUCUUCCUGGCCAACAUCCGGCGGACGCGGAGGGACGACAAGGAGUCACUAAUUGACAAUGAGGUUGGUGUUGAUUUCUUACCACCGCCCGCUACCACACAAACCGUUCACGUCUAACACGCUCCACCAUCCGAGCCACUUUAUCCAAUCACCUUGGAUAAAUAUGGCGGAGCACUAAAGCGUGCUGUAUGAUCAAACAGACCAAAAGUUCCGAAUUUGUGUAUAAAAAAAAAGAAAAAUCUUCACUUUCUCCCCCCAAAAAGAAGCAUCAAACUCGCAUUCAGCAGAUAUUUUGCAUUAUAAUGUAAUUCUAAGGAGACAGACUGAUAAGUGACUCUUAAAGUAAGGAUAAAAUAUUUAAAAAAGAAAAUGUAGACAUUAUCUCAAAUCUCAUCUUCUGAGGUGAAAAAAAAAUAUCCUUUUAAUCCCUCAUCCAUCAGACACAGGUUAAUUAAGAUUUACGAAGAAAAUCACAUGAAAGAGUCCUUUAGAUAAAGUAAAAAAAUAAUAAUAAUAAUUUGCUGAAUGUAAAAUUGGCGGGAUGUAGGAAAAUGUGGGAUAAAAGAUGACAUUUAGGAGAAAAUAUAAAAAAUCUUUUUAUAAAUAUAUUUUAAUGUGCGACUGUGCGUGAAUGGGAUAAAAUGGCAUGCAAUUAGGAUUAAGGAUAAUAUCAAUAAAAUGAAGAUUAAAAAAAAACUAUUACUUCAAAGGCGAGACACAGUAGUGAUUUUGUGUAAAAAAAAAACAAGUUAGUGGGGUAAUUUUUAUUACAAUAAGCUACCGUAGUACAGAGUCAUAUAUAAGAAAUAUCCCUAUAUAAAAUAGAACAUGUUCAGCAAUGUGAAAAAUAUUUAAUGAAGAACACACACACACAAAAUGAGUGAGAUUUAGCGAUAAAAUGGCUUCUGGUGGCGCUGUUUGUGAUUAUCCAAAGAUAAAAGUUAGGUUAUCCUGGUUUUUUGUGGGUUAUCCAGGGCUCUUCUUAGGUAAAAUUGGAUCUAAAUUGAUAAUCUAUGCUGUAAGAACAUUAUCCAGACUUAGAGAGGAUUAUCCUGGGUGUAAGAAAGUUAUCCCAAGUCUGAGUAAGUAGCUUUCUGUGGGUUAUCCAAGGCUAUUGUUAGGUAAAUUUCGAUCUAAGUCGAUAAUAUAUGCUAUAAGAACACUAUCCAAACUUAGAGAAGAUUAUUCUGGGUUUAAGAAAGUUAUCCUAAGUCUGAGUAGGUAGCUUUGACCCUAAGUUCAUUAUCCGGCUUUAGAGAAGAUUAUCCUUACUCUAAGUAGGUGGCCAAAAGAUAUGGUUAAAUUAUCCAAAAAUUAUUCCUAGUAAGAUGUCUUCACUAAUCCAGGAUAAAAGGCUAAAAAAAAACAUAAAACAACCAGGAUAAUCGGGAUAAUCACAAUUUAGCACCUCCUCAAGGCAAACCAUGCAAAGGAAAAGUUCAUUAGUGAGCUACAAUAUAAGUUUUGUAAAAAAAAAGAGAAUCAUUAAUGAUAAAGUACCAACGCGGAUAAAAUAUUGAUUCUGAAAGAUAUGCGUCAAAGCGCUACAAGUAGAGAUUUUCUUCGUUUAUUUUUUUUCCAAUGUAAUUGAUUUCUCUAUUAUAUUGAAGCAUUUCUUGGCACUUUGUCGCAUGUAUUGCGAUACCUGGGUGCAAGGUGCGGGCAUAAUGGGCAAAAAGAAGAGAAAAAGGAGGCCACAGAGGAGCGCUCCUGAUGGUGAAAAAUCACAUUGCCUUGGCAGAAAGAAUUCCUCACAUAGAGUCGCUGAUUGACGUGCAAACAGAGAAAUAAUUAAUUGUCUAAAUAUAUAAAAUCCAUUAAACAAACAUCGUCAGAAGAAUUCACCGGGUGCUUGUCGUGCGGAGGAAAUUUAAACUUAUGAGGGACGAGGUGGCUGAGUGGCGGAGAAGACAUGAAAAAAAUGUCCAAGACAACAGUACUGACAGAGAAUAUGAGAUUUCUUUCGGUGCGCGACUGACAAACCGGCAGCAUUCACUUAAGAGACGACGACGACGCAAUGCGAGACAAGAAGCUGCCACGAAGAAGUAAAGAAGAAAAAAAAACGUGUGCAAGAAAAUUAAUGAUUAUCCACAAUAAAAACAAUAAAUUCACACAAAAUUUCACCCAGAAAGACUCCAUGGGAAGAUAAAUGAUUUCCACCGUCAGGCUUUUGUGAUUUUUCAUCAAUUUUGCCCUCCAACGCGUUUCCCCAUGGCUGUAGUGGUCUGGGGACAAAAUGGAAGAACGUAGUUCUCACUCAUCUCACCCCCUUCUUUCCCCCUGUCUGAGAAAACUAUCAUUUAAUCCUCCUACAUAAUACUGAUUUUUAACAUAUCACACCAUCUCUGAUAAAAGCUCUCAAUUCACAUUGAAACGAGAAGAGCUUUCUCAAGUCAUGCCAGCAAUGUAGUCCUCAUGGAGAUGCUCUCAAAGCUCUGUUGCUCCAAUUGCAAAGGAUAAUCCUCCCUUUAACCUUCUGAGAAGAAUUUUCAUUUAUCAAAUAGAAGAAAAUUCUUAUUAUUCCUUAAAGCUUCUUUUAUAUUUAAUUCUUCGAUAUUUUUUAUUCACGUUCUCAUUUUAAUAAAUUUUCCAUUUUUCCAAAGCUUUCGGCGCACUGAGAAAAAUUAAAAUAUGAAGUUUUAAAAAGAAAAAGUCUGAAAUUAAUCUAUUUGUAACUCAAGACUAAACACGAGUCGAAAGCUUUGGAACAAACAAAAGGAAACAAAAGAUUUCAAAGCUUCGGUUCCUUUUGAAUUUUAAAACUUUCCUAACCUAAAAUUUUAUUGGGUUGUCCAAUAUUUACACUGAUUUAAAAUCAGUACAAUUUUGAGUUUCUAUCUCACUCAUUCUAAUUGAAUGAAAUGGUAAAUAUAUUAGGUUAGAAAUCCGGAUAAAUAUUGUACAAACCAAUAGAAAAUUUUUAAAAACUUCUAAGCUCCUUAUUCCAUUUAAACUUCUUUCUAUUAGAUCUAGGAAAUCAUGAAUAGUUAGAGCUCUUAUAGAACAACGAUCUGUGUUUCGUCUGGGAGUUUGCUGCCAAAAUUUAAAGUCUAAAUAGGGGAGCAAACUCCUUGUCAAGGAACUCGGCCAUUUGUCUUCCGAAUCUUAAACGGUUUCAUCUGAAAAACCUACGAUCCAAAUUCAAAAAUUAUCUCGUCAUUUAAUUUUUGGACUAAAGCUAGUCAUGACGAACAAUGUGGACCACAAGAAAAGCUAGAAAAAAUGGGGCUAAAUGAAUCAUUUUUCUGAUAACUAAUUUUUAAGGAAUGAAGUUGGUUUUGAUUUCAAUCAUUUUUUAUAGAUUUUUUGACUGUUAGUUGAAAAUGAUUAAUUAAGCUCUAUUUUUGUGAAUUAAUAACCCCUCAAAAGCACUUUUUAAAAUUCUAAACUUUUCUAGUUUUAUUCGGAUUAGAAGAUUUAGAAUUUUUCUAGAUUCUUUUAAAAGAAUUUUAUUUGUUGAUUCUUUUUAAAACUAAAAUAAUUUCUAAAUUCGUAAAGUUUCUGUAGAAAAUUUCAUCCGAAAUAUUAUUCUUCAGUUGGAAUCCUAAUUUCUGCGUUCUUUUACGAGAUUCUUGAUUUUCUUUCUUGCUUAUUUCCGUUGCAAAAAUUAAAAAAAAAAUCCUUAAAAAUCCUCGCAAAAGAGCAUCUCCUUCAAGGACGUCUAGAAAACCAAAAUUUCCAUCCAUUUUUCCUGCACGAAAAAAAAAAGAAUAAAUCGGAAUGUAAUUUUUAGUAAGAAAAUUAAACCCCCUUCUGUAGUAUCGUCCAAAAUUUGCCAAAAUUAGGUUUUUACGCCCUCGCCAGUGGCACAGGGCGCCAAAAAAAAUCGGCGCAUUGACUGUAGAAUGUAAUUUAUUAGGAGUAAAAAAACAAAUAUAGAAAUAUUGUAAUUUAUGGUUAAAAAUUUCGGUCUUUAAAGCUAACAUUUAAAAGGUAAUUUGCAAAUGGAUUAAGAUGAGAAGAGAGCAAAUGAAAAGGAGAAAAUUGUGAAAAACAAGCCGUGUACAUAAUUCACUGGGAAAAGAAUGAAAAAAAAACAAAGGAAAAGAGCGAGAAAAUUGCGGGAAGUAGAUAAAAUGAAAUGAAAAAAAAAUGUAAACGUGUGUAAAAAAAGAAUAAAAUUUGUAUAAAAUCCUCCUAGUCUAAUUAGUCUAAAAGGAAAUGAAAAAAAAAGUUGCGAUGAAGUGAAAAGAGAAAAUAUAUUUAGAAUGAAUAAUGUGUGAGGGAGGCUGCAGAUGAAUUAUUUAGCAUAAAAAAAGAAAAAAAAAUAUUUCGCUUCUAACGAUAAAAGAUAAAAAAAGAAAAUUCUUUAUUGAAACUUUCUCAUUGUUCCAUAAAAAUGUGUGUGAGUAAAAAAAAUGUUCUUUUUUUCUCAACCAUCCUCUUUGUUGCCACUCUGGGUAGGUCCUCAGCCCGUGAGAGUGGUGUGUGUGAAACUGUUGUAAAGAAGUUGAGGAAAAAGCUGAGCGGAAAAAGUCAAAAAAAAAAACUUUGCAAAACUCAAUUUUCUUUGCGAAACUGGGAAGAUUUUUGUGCCCAAAGCAAUAAAUUAAAAUUAGCAAAACAAAUCGACUGGCUUUAUAAAAAAAAUGAAAAUAAUGUAUAACGUACCGUGUCUAUUCUCUGUUAAUGUUUGAAAAGUUCUCUGUAUGUAGCAGGAGGAACAUUCAUCGUGAAAUUUUAGCUGCAGGUUCAACAGAUUCUAAAUUUUUCCUUGAAAAGGUUUUUUUUUUCUUUUUAAAAUUUAGUUUAUUUUUGCUGCAAUUUUUUAAAAUUCUGAAACAAAAGGGGAAAUAUUUCUGAUUUAAGGAACUAGAAAGAGAAAAUUCUAGAUACUCGCAUUAUUCGGUUGCCAGUUGUAUGCCCCUUGGCUAAAAAAAUAAAUAUUUCCAACACAACGAAACUAAUGAAACAAACAAUUUAUUUAUUUUUCUUUUUAUAAAAUCUUUUGAAAUAAUUAAAGAAUAAUUUCCUUUGAAUCUCUUCUACUCCGCGAAAAAUUCCAAAAACAAACAGCCGACAAAUCCAUCCAAAAUGAAUUAAUUUUGUGCUAAAAUAGCGAAAGAAAAAACAUUAGAUUGCGUCUCUUUGGGAGCUUAAAAAAACAAUUAUGGGUAUAGAGAUUACAAAUUAAUUAAAGUCGAUAAAUUCUAACUAUAAAUGUAUACAUUGCGUAGGCUGACAUUCCACAUCAUACGAUUUUACUCACCAAAACAAUAUUUUUUUUCAUUAUAAAAUUAUUCUUAUUUUUCUUUACCAACGGAAGCGAUAAUAUUUGAAUAAAAUAAUAAAAUUGGGAAAGAAUAAUUCUUUCUUUCAGUGAAAGAAAAUUCUUUAAUUUACAAAUAAUUUUUUUCUGGCCAAAAAAAAGAGGAUUCAGGAAGUCUUUUGUAAGUUGGUAAACUUUACCAAUUUACGCUGAAGAGAAGCACUGAAUGCUCGUUUUUUUUUGUGCAAACAAUUCGUCCUGUUUUUAAGUGACUAUAAACAAACAGAGAAGAGAAAAUUGCAUUAAUUAAAAAAUGCUAUAUAUAUAAAUAAUAAAAAUGAUUUGUUUGAAAAAUAAAAUAAUUAAAAAAAAUACAAAAAAAAAUUUUUUUCUAGUAAAUAAACAAGAAAAAAAGCUUACAAAAAAGGUGUAUUAAUAAAAUGUAAGAUUUAAAAGAAAUGAGAAAAAAUAUGACUUAAUCUUAUAAAUUAUCCUUUAGAUAUUAUAUAUAUAAAAAAUGAGAAAUUACUUUAAAAAAUGAAGAAAUGUGUGGGAGAAUGAAAAUUAAGAGAUUGCAUUUUAAAUUAAAAAGAAAAUAAUACCGCGUAAGACUGUACAUAAAUAUGGAGAAAGAGAUAAAAAACGAGAGAAAUGAAUUAAUUAUGGGGUGUAAUAAGUUAAAGAAUGAGGUAAAAAAAAUAAAAAGAUUUCUGUAAUUUCACCGAAAAGUGGUGAAAGAAAAAAACACACUGUAAUGAAGAAAAAAAGAGAGAGAAAAUACAGAAAGAUAGAAAAAUAA